CAUGGAUUCCUGGCUAAAUUAUAGCCGUUUUUUCCUUGCUCGUGUUUUAUAAAACAGUGUGCUCCAGUCAGACUGGGGGAAGUCAUAAAGAGAAAUAAGGCUGUAUGUUGCUGAGGUCUUGAGGAAGGCAGAAGAAGGAAUGUUGUGCACAGCGCGCGCCUUGCUGAGGAUCAGGUGUUACAUGCGUUUAUAUGGAAACGAAAGUGAAAGCAGUUUAUUUUCAUGGCGGUUUGUUCGUUCUCAGGCUGCAGGUCUUUGAAACUGGGUCUAUAAUGAUUACUGCUGUUGGUGGAUUUUUCCUUGUUUAUUUGUUUUCAGGUGUAUAUGGAACUCAGAGGUUAUAUGAUGUCCAGUGGCUGCCAUGUGUAUUUCUGGAUGAGACAGAACAACUAAAUGAUGAGGGGCAUAAAGACAUUAAGUUUUACCAUCGAAGUGCAGGACUGCAGUUUGGGAAUUCAGGAGAUAGUCCUAUAAACCCCAAUGCUAUCACUUUCCUUGUCACAACAUCAAAGGUGGAUAUGAGGCAUUAUGUGGAAGGUGACAAGGACUUGCUGGAAUGUGAGAUCCAGAGAUAUAACACUAAAGAGAUUGUAAUGCGCUGGCCUGGUUUUGGUGCACAGGAACAUGAUGUCUGGUUCACAUGUAUUCUCCGUCAGGGCUUGUUUCACCUCACCACCUUUCUCAGACACACACCUGCACAGGAAAGCAUUCAGAAGAUUCAAAUUGGAGACAGAGAGCUUUUGACCUCUACAGCUACGAUGGUUGUCCUGACACGCACACCUGUCAUUCAUGUGGGUCUCAUGAAGGAGCAGACCCUGCACUGUCAGUUCGCUGUGGACCACAGGCAGGCAAGUGUGACAGUGGAGUGGAUGCUGCAACGGCGUGGCGAUCGCACCAAACUUUUCAGCUACUCGAGCCGCACAGGCAAGCAUGAAGGCAGCGGAGUGUCUGUGAAAACUCUUGCAGCAGGAGAUGCCUCUCUGAAAAUACCACUCACUAAGCAGAAAAGCGAGGGCACAUACACAUGUUCGGUGUCCAUCCCACCUCUCCACUACAACAGUGACAUUGUUCUCAACAUUCAAGAACCACCGCGUGUAACAAUGAAUGUGGGAUCAACCUUGUCUUUAACCCUGGGUCAGGAGCAGAAGGUGGUGUGUGACACUCAGGGUUACUACCCACUCGAUGUGACCAUUGACUGGCUGCGAGAGUCUGUGAAAUCUGGCCUCCUGCCUGAGGUUAUGAAAAAUGUUCUGUACUCCAGCCACCGCCACAAUCAGGAUGGUACAUACUCACUCUCAGCCUUCUUCCUGCUCAACCCUGACCUUGAGGAUUCUGGGUACAAGUACACAUGCCGUGUGCAACAUCAAUCUCUGCGCACACCGAUCCGCAAGAGUUUCACGCUCAUUGUCACAGAGCAAGACUCCACACUGUGGUACCUCUUAGUGUUUGGAUUCAUAAUUGUCAUGAUAGGAAUUCUCCUAUGGCUGGUGCCUCAGUUUAUUACUGAGGUUGUGAGAGCCCAUGCCAAAGGAAUCAUAGCUCCACUCCAUGGAGACAGACAACACCAUAUCCCUCGCUCUACCUCUUCCUCCUCCCCACUCCUUCCACCUCCCCUGCUGUACCUGCUGUAUCACUGGAAAAUCUAAGAGGUUCUUGUGAACUAGAGUGUCUGAUCUCAUGGUUUAUGAGGCUAUUUACACUCACUAAUGGAGCCAUAUGUGUGGAAUAACAAAGUCUUCUGAAGCAAAUUGCAAGACAGUUGCCAAGCUGAUGUUUUUAUAAGUGUGUGCACAUAGUGAUAAAUAAUAAAAUACUGAUAAUUAGAAGAGAUGUUGGGAUUAAUUAGUUUUUGUUUGUGAUGUCUUUGGCUCUGGCAUUAUUAAAAAUACUGCAGAAUUAAACAGUUUAUGAAUCAGGUUUUCUUUAAGAUACUCAAAUUAUUCAGCCGUUGGAACUUACAUUGUUGUUAUUAAUAAUAUUCAUAAAUGAUGGUGAUAAUAAUGAUUCAUAAAUAAAAUAAAAAAAAUAAAUGUAAA